AUGGAGCUGAAAAAAGAGAAUAUUAAUAAAGAAAACGUACAACCUGAUAAAGAUGAACUAGGGAAUGACGCUAGAAUAUCUCAGCGAAUUUUGGUUAAAUCUUCGAGCAUCUUCUCCGGCAGCAAUUCUUCUUCUUCUUCCUUUAUGGCGGUUACGAUGAAUUCGCCAAAGCAGCAGUUAGUUAUCAUCAGCAAUGCACUUUUCCUCUCAGACUCUGAUGAUUCGGUUAAAGUCCCAAAUUAUAACAUUAUAGGACAACGUAACGUACAAAUUGAGAGUAGUUCUGAUGAAGAGAGAUACUUGCCGCCAGAAGGUCAACGUAUACAGUUCCAAAAAGGACAUCAGAAUCUUCAUUAUAUCAGACAAUAA